CGCUAGUUCGUUGCCAUAAACAUGGCCGACCGAGACCAAAGCGGCCGUCCGCCGCCACUUCCAUCGGGCUAUGACUACGACUUUGUUACAGAACUAGAUGAAGAUUUUGUCUGUCAGAUAUGCCAGUUACCUUUAAGAAAUGCUGUGUUAACUAGAUGUGGACACAGAUUUUGCCAUGACUGUCUCAAUGAACAUUUCAAACGAAUACAACAUCCUAACUGCCCACUAGACAGAACAAGACUGGAUAAAGACAAGGAUAUUUUUCCAGAUAAGGCAAGUGAGAGAAGGAUUCUCUCUUACUUUGUCAAGUGUCCUAAUAGAUGCCAGUGGGAAGGAGAGCUCAGAGAUGUGGAGAACCACCAACAGAUUUGUCCCUAUGAGGUUGUGCAGUGUCCAAGUUCUAACUGCCGUGUGUUCCUGGCAAGGAACCUGAUUGAAGAACAUGUGGCCGUGUCAUGUCAAUGGAGAAUUGUUUCUUGCCAAUUUUGCCCAGAAAAGUAUCCAAAAGCUGAAGAAGAUAUUCACAAUGAAACCUGUCCUAUGUUCCCUCUGAACUGUUCCAAUGGUUGUGAACAAGUUGUCCCAAGGGAGCAGAUGUUAAAGCAUUUGGAAACAGAGUGCCGCCUUACGCCAGUGUCUUGUCCUUUUCAUGACUUGGGGUGCAACAUGAAAGUGGAAAGAAGAAACUUGGAAACACACGUUCGUGAAGAUACGACUACUCAUUUGAGCUUCGCUUGCAAGAAACUCGCCCUACUGCAGCAAGAAUUUGACGAGGAGAAAAAAACCCUUAAGAAACAACUGGACGACCUGAAAAAGGAAAACAACAAUCUCUUGCUCAAAGUUUCAGCACAGGAGAAAGAAAUGCAUAAGAGCCAGAUGGAAACUCCGAUGUUUGUAUGGAAGAUAACUGGUUUCGGUGAUAUAUUACACCAGGCCAAAGUUGGCCGGAACAAUAAAAUAGACAGCGAUCCCUUUUACACUGGAAAGUAUGGCUACAAGUUAAAACUUUCCGUCAAUCCCAACGGCGACGGAUCAGGCAGGAAUACUCACCUCUCUGCGUUCGUAAUCGUCAUGAGAGGUGAACACGACGCAAUAUUGCCUUGGCCAUUUAAUCAGAAGGUCACAUUUACGCUUAUAGAUCAGCAAGAGAGCCUAGACGAGCGUCAGAACGUUACUAUGCUCUUCAGAGCCAAUACGAAACUAGAGAACUUUGCCAGACCCACUGCAGAAGAAAACCCUGGUCGUGGGUACGCGAGAUUCAUGUCUCACGAGAAAUUGAAAACGAGGCGGUAUUUGGUGGACGACACGUUGUUUAUCCAAGUUGAUGUGGGACCGCCUUCUCUGUGACCCUGAAGAUCCAAAAAUGUUUGUUCGUUAAGAGCAGACGAGUUAAGUCUGUAAAAGACCCACUGUUCCAAAUAAAACAGACAUACCUCCUCAAAGCUUUUCAAGCUCGAAAAGGGUGGAACAAUUCAGUUGAAAUUAUUCUUUUUCGCUCUUUUGAAAUGAUCUUUAUUUGCCAAUUAGGCUUUAUUUUUACAGUUCAAAGCACUGGCCUAUAGUAUUGAACUUAGUAAUCAAAGAAAGUUCUUAGAGAAGAAUCAUGUUUCCUUUUGUGGGGUCUACCUCUGUGAUAUUGUGAGAUAUAGUCUCUUAUGCAUCUUUGAGAGCAUGGCGUCUAUUAAAAACAUCUUGUGACUGCAGUUCCUAAUUAGAGCGCAAUUUGUGUGAUCAAAAGAGGCAAAUAUAAAGGAAAUGUUGUAAAUGAUUUAAGGUUUAUUAUAAUGGACAAAAUUGCAAUAAAUAAUGAAAUAGUUUC